AAAUCAUACUUGGAAAGCAGUGUUGGUUUGUUAGGGAUCAUCUUUUUGCAUGAAGGUAAAUGUUUCCAUGACUAUUGUCCUCUUUUGUUAGAGAUGGCGGCAGCUACGUCGAUUUUUCAAAACUCUUACUCUGGUCUGGGCCACCGGGGUCCAAACCCAGCACACGGAGUGCAACAUGUUCAAGGGGCACGUCAAGCAGUCCCAGGAGCUUCAGGAGCUUCACGCACUGAGGAGCAGCACCACAAACCUUUCUUCUACGUCCAGCCCUCACAGCCGUAUGUGCCCAUGCAGAGUCUGCAGUGGCCGGUACCUGUGCCCAUACCCAUGUCCUACAACCCUUACUACGGCUACCAUGGUUUAGGUUAUGGAGUGCCAAUGAUGCCCCACUAUCAGCCAAAUCCAUACAUGGAGCCCCCUGGCUUUGUUGUACCUCACACCCAUCUCCACUUGAUGGACUACAGGCGCAUGCUCAACCCCCAGUAUUACCAGACCAUGGCCUAUCACUCCCGCAGGUUCCGCUAUCAACACAACAGCGCGACCAGAGAGAUGACCAGCUCUCAGGUUCAGACUGAGCCACUGGCCGCAACCCAGAGGACCAGCACGCCAGGUUCCACUGACGCUGAAACCACCAGUGGUAUCUCUGUCUGCAGCAGUGACGCCCCCUGUGGCCCCACCAGCCAGAUGCUCUCACCACCGUUGAUUUUGCAGAAAGGGAAUCAUUCUCUGGAGCUCAAAGAUCUGGUGGUGCCCUCUUCUCCGACCAGGAUGUCGUCAAAUGGCGGCGGCUUUGUGAUUCAGACUGAGGAAGUGAGGAUCGAGUGCUGCACCACACCGGUGGGGCUGCAACUUCUUCACUCCCAUGAGACUGCGGAAGUGUCCCACAGGUACCCGCAAGAUGUAGUCCAGUGCAGCGCUGUCCUCCAGGGCAGCAUGCUGCAGGAUGACGGACCACACCUUCCCAUAGAGCAGUCGGAUCAGACACAUCAAGCUUGUCCAGACAUUCUUUUGGUUGGUGGACACGGCACUCCUGCUCCUGAGGAGACCAGGAAUCAGAUGGACUCUGACACUGAGGUUUCUACUUUGGGAUCUCAAGUAGCUACUCUCAGUGAUGUUGAGAAGAGGAGUGAGGAUGACCUGAUUAAAUGCUCAGAGAAUGCCCAUUUGAAAGUUGUCCACUUGCCCUUCGACCCCAAGUAUCUGGAGGAGCUGCAGAAGAUGGAGUCCACCGUGUGGUCGACAGAGGAAACCUUGAUCCCCUCCCCUGAAUCGCGGAUCCGAAAUGACUCUCACUUUGCCAAAGUGUCUCGGGAAGAUGUCCUCACUAUGAAAGAGGAAACUCGGAUACAAGAGAUAGUCUCCAUGUUGGAGAUGCCUCCUCUGGUGGAGAAUGCACUGGAGGAUAUGGUCCCUAGACAGAUGGAUGAGUUGGUGUCAGAAUCCAAUAUCUGCUCUGCGAUGGAUGUUGCAGAGAAAAUUCCUAUGACCAAACUGAUACACACAGCAGAGGUGGAUCUUGCGCGUGAUUUGUUGGUUAAUUCCCCUCUCAGGGGAAAUGGAGACCAACAGAGAGAAAAAGACUUCCAGGACACUUCAUUUGAAUCGUUGCCUGCCUACCUCCCCUCAAGUAGCUGGCUCGCUGACUUUGAUAACGUCUACUACUGUAGCAAGAUGCCACCAACUCCCAAAAAGCUGUGCAAACCCGUGAGCAACUGUGGUUUGGACGUUCCCUCUCGACGAAGAAAACUAGAGCUUGAAUACAAAGAACAACUUGGUGUUCGCAAACCAAAAGAGCGGUUCAAACCCAAAGAGAAGGUGGAUCGGCGAAGCCUCUCGGACCACGAAUGCUGCCUCAGAAGGAACUUCAAUGAGAAUUCAUUCUCCUCGUAUGCGUCGAAGAGGGAGCGACUUUGCUCCAGGUGUUUGGCAAAACGACGGAUCUGCACAUCUGCCGGUGCGGGAGUCGAUGGCGGGAGCUCGAAGCGAAAAGCUGUCCCACUUCAACAGUGGAACGACGCACUCGUACCGACGUGUGAGGCGUGUAAGUUUCACACCAAGAAACUGAUUAGAAAAGGCUCCAAUCCUGUUAUUCGUUGUCUUCAUAAUGGACAUGAUACUGAGGGAGAAUGUUCUGAGAACAGUCUGUGUCGCAGGGGCCCAAAAUUGAGGCCAGGCAAUGACCCCAGGAAGCUUGCAGACUUUAAGAGGCCACUGGCCUCCAAGCAGAACUUGGAGAAGUUCCCUGCAGCGAUGACGUACCCCAAACUGAGGGAGAAGAACUGUGUGUGUAACGACCCACAACAUCAGGCUGUCGCAUGGGAGCGGCUGCGCUCCUGUCCCCACGGCAACAACAUGCGUGAAAUGGACGAAAACUGUGUGUCGCCCAUUUCCCUUCAGGAGAAAUGGAGGAGCAUGGAUCAAAUGUACCUGACGCACAGAUGGCAAAAUGGUCCUCAUUCAACGGAGAAGUCAUGGAAAGCAGUGAUGCCUAACCCUGAUGUUGAUGUCUCCAAGAAUGAAGCCAGAUCACAGCACUGGAACAAACACAAGAAAUCACAAGGAACACGUAGAAAAGACACACGAUGCUGAUUUUUUUUUUUGCACAAGAGCACAAUGUGGGGAAAAAAAAGCACUUUUUAAAAAUGUUGUAUGCACUUUAAUUUAUAAUUUAUUUCACUAAAUAUUUGUACAAAGGAAAAAUCACUGUUCACUAUUUAUUAACCUUUAAAUAAACACAAAAUUUAUUAUAACGUUUUUGUAUUUUUCUUGGUUUCUUCAAGUGUUGUUUGUACAAUGAAUGCUGUAGUAACUAUAUUUGUCCACUAGAUGGAACUGUUUUUAUAUGCACAACAUGAUUGUUUGCCAAUGUACAGUCAUGGCAAAUGAAGCAGUCAUGUUGUGCAUAUAAAAUAAGUCAAAUGUAAUGUAAAUGUAAUGUAAAUCCUGAAUAUAAGACUGCAAAUAUUGGCAUGAGACUCAUAACUGACUGUCUAAUGUAGGAAUGACUGCUCAGUCCAUGUCACUGAUUGCACAGCAGCUGCCAGGGAAUCAAACCUGUGACCUUUUGAUAACAGUGUGACCUUUUAUUGACUAAUACGAUAUUUUUUUGAAAAAAACAACUAAGGAAAAGUAAGGUUGCUUCAUUUGAAACCAGUGUAAAUACAUGUGUUGCAUUUUUACUGCAAUUUAAAUGGGAUAAACUGGUAAAUCAGAAAUGUAUCCCCUCUUAUUUGUAAUGAGUUCCCCGAUUGCAUCUACACCUGUCAGUCUACGAUGUCUUUUGAAAAAUAUGUGUACUGUUUUAUCUCAGUGUUAGACUUUUCCAGCAGGAAACUGAAGUUUAUAAACCACUCGCUCUCCCAAUCCAAACCCAUAGAGAAAAUCCGUGACAACACACAGAAGGUGUUGAUCCACUGCUGCCUCAUCACUAAGUUUAAAUGUUUUAUUUUGUCACUUUUGUGUUUUAAAAACUUAAUUCAGGUUAACCUCAGUGACACAAAGUGACCACACGAGACAGCAGUGGACCAGCAGCUCCUGUGUCCACUGAUGUUUCGCUAUGGGGGUUGAUGUGGGAGACUGAGUGGUUUGUUUUUUGAACUUACAGAAUAGUAAAUAAUUUGGUACAAACAUUUGGUGAUGUUUACCUCCCUUUUAUGACUUGAAUACUUAAACCGCCUGAAUUGAAAACAUGGGCUGUCGCCAUGGACAAUCUUAAGUUUUUAAGUUGUUUAGAAUUGGUUGAAAUAUGUAGGAGAUGGUGGGGAAAAAAGUAUAGCAAUAUAAUAA